AUGCCCACUGAACCAAUUCGUUACGUUACAAAAGUCGAUCUCAACAAGCCAGGUGGUGCUCAACCGCAAGUACACAACAGAUGGCAUCCUGAUGUCCCAUUUUCUGAAACAAUCUAUCCUGGAGAAACAGUCAAAAUUGAAUGCUUAGACUGGACAGGAAACCAAAUCAAGAAUGAUGAUUCGGCUGAUGAUAUUUUGAAUGUUGAUCUUUCGAGAAUUCACUACAUUUCAGGUCCAUUCAACAUUGAAACAGCUGAACCAGGUGAUAUUUUGGUUGUUGAGAUUAAAGAUGUCCAGCCAUUGGACAGACAACCUUGGGGAUAUUGUGGUAUUUUCCAUAAAACUAAUGGCGGUGGGUUCUUGGACAAGUUUUAUCCAGAAGCUGCCAAAGCUAUCUUUGAUCUUGAAGGUAUUCACGCGACAUCGAGACAUAUUCCUCACACCAAGUUUACCGGUUUGAUUCACCCAGGAAUAAUGGGUACCGCACCUUCUCACGAAGUAUUGCAAGAAUGGAAUCAAAGAGAAACGGGUUUGAUCAGAGACAUUCAACACCAACAUGACACUCCAGUUGCCCAGCCACCGUUGGAGUUAAAUUCGCAUGCUGGUAGUGCCACUGGGGAAGUUGCCGCACGUAUUGCUGCUGAAGGUGCGAGAACUAUUCCUGGAAGACCAGAAAAUGGAGGCAACUGUGAUAUCAAAAAUUUGUCAAGAGGUUCUAAGUGCUACUUCCCUGUUUAUGUUAAGGGAGCAAAGUUUUCUGUCGGAGACUUGCACUUCUCCCAGGGAGAUGGUGAAAUUUCAUUUUGUGGAGCAAUUGAAAUGCCAGGGGUGUUGACCAUCAAGACAUCUGUGAUUAAGGGUGGAAUGGAAAAACUUUCCAUCAAGAGUCCAAUUUUCACUCCUGGUGAUGUGCCAAAUCAAUAUGGACCUUCGAGAUAUUUAACCUUUGAAGGGUUUUCCGUCGAUGAGGAAGGUAAUCAACAAUACCUAUGUGCAACAACAGCUUACAGACAAUCCUGCAUAAGAGCAAUUGAGUACUUAAGAAAGUUUGGAUACAACGACUAUCAGAUUUAUUUGUUGUUGUCUACGGCCCCAAUUGAAGGACAUAUCGCAGGAGUUGUUGAUAUACCAAAUGCAUGUACAACACUUGGAGUUCCAAUGGACAUUUUUGACAUUGACGUCAGUCCAGAGGGUAGUUUAAAGUCAUACGAUAUGGGCAACUGUGCGUUAGUGAGCAAUGCUAACCACAAACUUAGAUAUGAUUUCAAGUAA